AUGAGAAGUCCGUCAUUUCUGAUCUUCACGGUUCUUGUUCUGCACAGCACACCAAGGACGCAUGCCGCCACCUUUCAAAGUGCUUUCCCGCACCCAAACAAAUCCAACCCUGACGAAACGGAGCGAUGCCAGCCACCUCCUAUCAGUGGAUUCAUUACCCGUGGAAUGGCGCCCGGAGCUAUCACCGAGGAGGUUCUGGAGUCCAGUCAGGAGGCUCUGCACGUCACGGAGCGUCGGUACCUGCGGUUGGAUUGGUGUAAAACCCAACCGCUCAAGCAGACCAUCCAUGAAGAGGGAUGCCUAAGUCGAACCAUCAUAAAUCGGUUCUGCUACGGCCAGUGUAACUCCUUCCACAUCCCGCGGCACAUUUACCAGGACGGAAACGCCUUCGAGUCCUGCUCUGCUUGUAAACCUAAAACCUUCAGCACGGUCACUUACACGCUGUUCUGUCCCGGAAAGACGCCCGGUACCAGGAAGAAACGGGUUCAGCGCGUGAAGCAGUGCAGGUGUACUACAAUAAACAUGGAUUAG